UGCAUACCCACCGGUGGCGACGGCAGCAUCUCUGAUCCGGUUCUGUGUGGACAGGAUGACCCAGGCGGUGGACAGGCUGCUUUUUUUUCAGAGUGUGUGUGUGUGGGGGGGUGGGGGGUCUACUGACCUCGAGGAAAGACCCAGGUUUGCAGCCGGAUCACCGGAUCAAACCAGAAGUUCCAGGAGCCCGGACACAGAGAGAGGACCUGCCGUGUCCCAGUUCGGGAGCAUGGAUGCUUGCCUCCCUCCCUCUCCUCCCUCUUCUCCUCACUCCCCUUCCAGCUGCUGUUGCUCGUUUGUGGCGAGCCAGAAAUAGCUGCAGCUCGUCUAGAGGUUGUGUGAAGAAGUGUCUGAGUCAAGAUUUAUUUAUGUUAGUCGUUCUUCAGCUGCGAUUGUGCUGCUUUUCGUCAGAUUUUUCUCCUUUACUCACUAGCGUUAUCUUCUCUCAUCAGUUUGAGUUUCCAGCUUUGAUGCCGCUUUAGUCCGCUGGAGUUGCACUAAUUAAGGGUCUAACUGACAGCUCGGUAAUUGGAUUUAUUUCAUAUCCACUCCUUGAAGUUGGGAAGCCUCCUAAAGCACGACAGGAACGUUUUUUAAGCUUCGUUUCUUUCAGAAAAUUAUACUUUUAAUUGCAGAGCUGCUGGAUGGAAUGAGGUGUUCUGAUUUUAAUGCAGACGUUUUCCAAAUUGAGCUCAGGAGGCCCAAAAAUUCUGGAUUCAUUCAGGCUGAGGCUGUAACAAACUCACCUGCAACCCCAGUCUCUCAAAUUCAGGAACAUUGGUUUAAAAGGUGAAUCAUUUUCCAGAAAAAUACUUUUAAUUUAAACAUUCAGGCCUUAUUUUUGCUAAUUGUGGGUUUUGCUGCUGUAGGUCAACAGGUGCCAAGUGUUGUUCACUUGUCAAGAAUUUGACUAAUUUCUGUCAAACGGGUAAAAAGAUUAAAAUUAACUGUUGUGCUCAAACUAGUGGAAAAUAUCUUUAUUCGCAGAAAAAAAAACAAAUUAUUUUCAAAGCUGAAUAAUAAGUGAGAAAAAAAGUCAGUUAUAGUGUUUAUUUUAGACUGCGGAUGUUGUUAUUUCAUUAGAGUGAUGUCAUCGGGUCGAGUAUUUCGUAACAUUCUGUCUCUUUCUGUUAACAGGUGGAUGAAUGUUUUCAAUAUUUCUAUAUUUUUUUUAUUCUCUGGUGGUCUGCAGGUAUGUGGAAAACAGUCUUAGAGACUCCUCUAUUUCUUUUUGGGGGAGAUAAACUCCUCCCUCAUCCUAUUACCCAUUGUGACCUACACACAUCUGUUGUCCACUGAUCAGUCGGGAUGGGAUGCUGCAUGUCUAAUUCUAUCCGUUUGUUUUUCUUUUUAAAGUAUUUGUGUUCACCUGCUGCCUGUUUUCCAGUUCUUUUGCUGUUUUCUUUUUUCAAGGAGCUUUUAUUAGAAGUGUGUGUGUGUGUGUGUGUGUGUGUGCGUGCGUGGGUGUGUGUGUGUGUGUGUGUAUGUCUCCUUGCUCUUAAAAUGCAGUCUACCAAAUUCCCAGUUCGCUGUAUGGCUUUUUAUUCCUAUCUGACUGUGCUAAUGGUUCAUAUAGGGAUGGAAGCCAUGCACUGCGCUGGGGGCACAGCCCACUGGACACACACACACUCACACACAUUAUUCACACUCUUCACACACAGAAGGUAGCAAAUGCAAGGACACGUCCAGGCGAUUGUGAAUCGAAAGCCUGCAACACGCUCUCACAGAAACCUGGACGCACAUGCUGGCAGCAAGUGAACAUUAAUGCAUUUAUUUAUGUGUUUUCAUGCAGUUAACAUGCAUAUGUAUGCUGCAUGCAUGACACUCAGGAUGGAAAUCCCUGCCUUGUCCUCGUCCCGUUAGGCCCUCUGCUGCAGCGAGCCAGUCUGAAGCUGUCGACUGGAUCAGCUGACAGACGGUUCUCUGAAGUGAAACACGCACAUCUGCCACAGAAUCCCAUCGUGAUCGAUACAGAUCACCACAACGAUGAAUUAAAGUGAAAUUGAACUGAGAUGAGAUGAGCAGAACUGAUCUGAACAAAGAGGAUAAACUUUUUUCAGGGGAGUCACGAUGACUUGAUGUCAGGUGAUUUGUUCAGUCAUGGUCUUUUUCACUCUGGGACUUUUUUUCAGGUAGCCCGCAGGGAUGAAACGAUGUCCCAGCAUGUGGGAGGUGGUGAGACCUUCAGGAGAGCUUUGGUACAUAAAAUAUUUUACCCACAUUCAUGUUUGUAUUCAUUAAGAUCUUAGCUCUUCCUGAUGUGACAGUAAUGCAACUAGCAUGAAAAAAUAAUAUUUUCCUUCAACUGGAAAUGUUUGACUAAUUUAACCUAAAAGGAAGCAAAGAUAUCCAUCAUGAAGAAUCAAACAAAAGCUUUUCAUCACAGCUUGAAUUUGGAAAGCCCUGCUGCACAAAAAGAAUAAAGACAAAGAUUUCAGAUGAAUCUGUCACGUCUGCUUUUGCUUCAGGUAACCUGACAUCAGCUUUACUGCUUCAGAUUUACAGACCUGUCUACAAGCAUUUGUUUUCACUAACCAGGUGACAGACUGCUGGCCGGUAUUUUCAAGGGACUCAUGCUGACGUUGUAAGAUCCAAUCAGCAUCAGCCUGAACGGAAAUCUUCACAAAUUACACUUGGAUGAAGACAUGACUGCUUUUAUUGAUUUGUUGUAAAGCAGAAAAGGUUUGAUUCACAUCAUCCACUGCAGUUUUUCAAACACAACUUUUAAAUUUUUCAGAUUCAAGAAUAUGGGUUGCAUUUUUCACACUACAAUGAAACAAGUGCAAUAGUUGAGAUGAGAUUGUUAUUGUUAUAUUUAUAUGAAAGUAGACAUCAAGGAUAAAAAGUGGCAGUAAUAAGUGUCUCCUUCAGGUGCAUGGAGAGUUUACAAAUGUGAAUACGUGCAUUAACUGUGAUCAUUGAUGGAUGAUCUUCUGCUUAUUUUUGUCUCCAUAAAGUUGAUUUUCAGCUGCUUAAUUAAUAAUCCAUACAUUUGACUAAACUCUAAAAGAAAAAAAAUCUGUGGACAUGGGUUUGUUUUUUGUCUUUUAGUUCAAACCAACGAAUGCAUUUAAUCUGUCACUUUGGAAAAAUUACGUAAUACCGAGAGAACUAGUUAAAGAAAAGUUAACAGUAUUUGUUGGCUCUCUGUGACUUAAAAAAAACCAGAUUCUCAAACAGCUUCCCAUCAUAAUUUCGAACAUUUGCAACACGGUUAAACACCGCCACUUAGAGGUCACAUUUGAUAUCACACCUUCAAAAGACACGAACGAGAAAACGUCUGUAGCUUAAAUAACAUUUUAAACAUAAAUUAAUGUAAACAUUCGAAUGAGUUGACGUGUUAUUUCAAUUGAGGUUAUAUCAUUAGAAAUGCAGUUUUUGCUACUAGCAUCUUGCACAGCGCGGAUAUAAUGUUUAAUGUCCGACCCCCUAAAAAUUCCGGUGUUUCGCAGAAUUUAAACAUUUGCAACAACACCACUUAGAGGUCACAUGCGGCAUUACAUUUUUAAUGUUCGGUACAAAAAGUCUUUUGCUUAAAUAACAUUUUAACCCAAAUAAAUGCAAUCUUUAAAGUAGACUGACAUUUAUUCUUUAUUCAAGCUAUAAAACCCAGAAUGUUUCUUUGUUUCUUUUUUUUCUUCACUAUCUCCGGAUAUGACGUCAAUGUCCGACCCCAAAAAAUAUCCGGUGUUCCGUUGCUUCUGUGUUAUGAAAUCUCCUGAAUGGAGUGUUUGGUAACUCCUGUUUCCUUAGCUUUAUACAAGUUCGUGUGGAGAGUUUAGCCCCGUCGGGUCAUGCAGUUUCAUCAAAAGCGUCUGCAGGAAUAAUUUUUAUCUGAGAAGAGACAAAAAACAUCAUGGCGAAGCGAAGAAAAUGUGCAGAGACAGAAGAUGCAAAUACAAAGAAACUGAAGCUGAACGCAGACAGCAGCAGGGGAGCGAAAACAAGGAUAAAGAAAAAAGAUGCAGUUAAUGACCUCAGUGAUGAAGAAGAGAAGCUUGAGAGGAAGGUGAAUCCAAAACCCCGUAUGCCGUUGAAGCGAUCAGCGGGGCGUCAGACUUCUUCCAGUGCCGGCACCAGUACUGAUGUCACAACCAGUAAAUACUUCCAGUCCCAGGUGAAGGAGGCGGUUGACAACGAGGACGACUUUGACUUGGUGACUGUUGCACCACCUCUGGUUAAAGGCAGCAGCAAGAAACUGGAGGAAGAGGAGGACGGCAGUGAGGAUGAGGAUGAUUGGGAAGAAGUGGAAGAGUUAUCUGAACCGCUGGGUCCAGUGGAUCCACCUGAGCCCGAUCGGCCCUCUCAGCCGGUAGAGAUUGAGAUUGAGACUCCAGAAGUCAGAAAGCAGAGGAAGAGGCAGGCAGAGGCUGAGAUGUACCUCAGACGAAUGAUGAAGAGGUUUAAGAAGGACCUGCUGAUAGACACACACAAGGUCCACCUCCUGUGCCUUAUAGCCAACGGGAUGUUUCGGAACCGUUUGUGCUGCCAGCCGGACCUGCUGGCCAUCACGCUGUCCCUGCUGCCGUCUCAUUUCUGUGCAGUCGCCAAGGAGCGUAUUGAUCAGAAUUACCUUUCCGGACUGCUCAAAUGGUUCAGAGCGACAUUCACCCUGAACCCUAGCCUCGCCUCUGAUGAGCGUCUGGAGCCCCGGGCGCUCCUUGAGCGGCGACUGGCCUCUGUCUCUGCCAAAGACCACCAGGAAAUGACACAUCUUUUCCUGCUGGUUCUGCGGUCUCUGCAGCUCUUCUGCAGACUGGUUCUGUCAUUGCAGCCGAUUCCCUUCAAACCUCCAGCAGCCAAGCGUAAAGGGACCGCCGCCCCAAAACGGAGGCAAACCAGCCAGGACACCUCCAAGCCCGACUCCUCGGAGGCAAACAUCUCUCCGGGCAAGAAGAGAUGGGCUGGAGGAGGGGAGAUAAAGGGGAGGAGUGGAGGCAAGAAAGCAAACAAGAAAGAAGUGAAGGAGGACGAAGAGGAGAAACCCGCAUUGUCAGGAGGGCAGAGACCGAAAAACUCCAAACGCCGCAGUGUCGCCUCAAAGGUCAGCUACAAGGAGGAGAGCAACAGUGAAGGAGGAGAAGAGGAGGAGGUUAGUGAUGCCGAUGAUUUUCAGGUCACUAGUGAGGACGACAGCGAGGAUUCAGGAAGAGAGUCCAAACCUUCAAAAGAGAGGAAAGGGAGCACGAAGAAGAAGGAAAAACAAACGAGCGGCAAAAAUACUCCUAGGAGAAGAAGUGGUGGGAUAAAACAGAAGGACAGCGAGGACGAGGCUGAAAAGGAAGACGAUGGCGUGGCGAGCAACAAAACGAGACGGAGCGGGAGAAGAGACGGUCCCGGGGCAGAUGAGUGGCUAGAGGUGUGCCUGGAUAAAACGUCAUCCUGGAUUUGUGUGGACGUGGACCACGGAGUUGGAGUGCCUCAACUCUGCUCCCAGAAUGCAACGGCCCCGCUGGCGUACGUGGUGGCGGUGGAUGGGAACGGCUUCCUAAAGGACUUGGGAAAGAAGUACGAUCCUACGUGGAUGACGUCGUCGCGGAAGAGGCGGGUGGACGACGAGUGGUGGGAGGAGACACUGGAGCCGUUCAUGGGUCCGGAGGAUGAUAGGAACAAAAAGGAGGAGAAGGAGCUGCAGAAUAAGCUCCUGAACAAACCGAUGCCAACAUCUAUAGCCGAAUAUAAAAACCAUCCUCUGUACGCCUUAAAGAGGCACCUGCUGAAGUACGAAGCCCUUUAUCCGUCUACAGCCGCUGUGCUCGGAUACUGCAGAGGGGAGCCCGUGUACUCCAGAGACUGCAUUCACACCCUCCACUCCAGGGAAACGUGGCUGAAAGAAGCGCGGACCGUCCGACUUGGAGAGCAGCCCUACAAAAUGGUGAAGGGCUUCUCCAACCGCUCACGAAAGGCCAGAAUGAUGUCCGAGAUGAAGGAGGAGAAGGACCUUCCUCUGUUUGGAGAAUGGCAAACUGAGGAGUACCAGCCGCCUAUAGCUGUGGAUGGGAAGAUCCCACGCAAUGAAUAUGGUAACGUCUACCUUUUUAAAGCCUGCAUGAUUCCAGUGGGCUGUGUUCAUGUCAGGCUGCCUAACCUGCACCGCGUAGCCAGGAAACUGGGCCUGGAUGCCGCACCUGCGGUCACAGGCUUCGACUACCAUGGAGGAUAUUCACACGCUGUGACUGAUGGUUACAUUGUGUGUGAAGAGGAUGAGGAGGUUCUCAGGGCCGCCUGGGUGGAAGAACAAGAGAUUCAGAAGCAGAAAGAGAAAGAGAAAAAGGAAAAGAGAGCCUUUGGCAACUGGACCCUGCUGGUGAAGGGACUCCUGAUCAGAGAAAGACUCAAACAGCGUUACAACAACAAGUCAUCGGGACUGGGGAGCACUUCUCAUGCAGGUGAUGCUGGCGGGUUUUCUUCUGACGAGGAGGUGGAGGCUGAAGGUGAUGCUUCCAAGUCUAAAACGGCAUCUGAGACUCUGGCGAUGUCCUGGCCCCAAAACAGACAAGCAGAGGAGGAGGAUGGGGGCACCAGCAGGCUGGAGAAGAAGAAGCCUACAAGGCGAGAAAAGAAGGGUCAGGAGAAACAUUUAUUCCCGUUUGAGAAAGUGUAACGCCACUGGAAAGACUUGAUCGAACGCUCUGCUGCCAACAAAGCACUCAGCUGUCUGAAUGUCGAAAGGCCUCAGAAGACAAGAGAAUGGAAAGAGAAGAAGAAAGGAGGAGAGCAGCGAUCGUUCCAGCUGUGAUGCUGUUUGGAUUCAGCCUUUUGGGACCAUUGAUGUUAUAGAUUCUUAUUAUCCGACACACUCAAACAACACGUGUUUAAAUCUGCAUUUAUAGUCUUAAAUUCUCACCAGAUUAUUUUUGCUCAAGGAAUUAAAAAAUGUCUGGAGCUGCAUUUGUCACUGUUCACAGCUCUUCUAUCUCAUCACUUCACACUUCACACUGGAUUUCUCAACUUUUUGUAUUCAGGUGAUUGAAACGGUUAAACUUUCCAAAUGAAAAAUAUUUUUGUGAAUAAAUAAAACAAGACUUGUA